UUUUUCUCAUAUUUUUCUAGGCUGUGCUUCAGUGGCUUGCUUGCACGAAGAACCGGUACACAUGGCGCAGACUAGUGCAGGCUCUCAACAAAAGGGAAUCUCGGAGGGUUCCGGCACUUGUUGUGCAUAAAAACAAGGCCUUUGAGAUUGGCUAAUGCUGGCAACGUUGUGCAUGCAACAAAGUCAAGUCACGUCCAAGCAGAAGGCCAGUCAGACGUCAGCGUUUCGCGCGUUUUCUGUAUUUACCGCAGCAGUUUGCAGCGGCCUCCGUUGUGGUAUUUUGUUCCUCGGAGGCAUGCCCUCGGAAUCGGAAAAAGGAGAUGAUGCAAGACAUUUGGGGCCACUGGACUCAUGGAGUGCAUUUCCAUUUGAGAGCCACAUGCGCACCAUCAAGAAGCUUCUGAGAAAGCCGCAGCACCCACUGGAGCAACUGUCAAACAGAAUUGCUGAAACAAAGAAGCUCCAGUGCAGAAAAAAAUGACUGUGAUCAAUAUGCAGUCGUCAAGUUUCCAGAGGAAGGCAACUCUGUGGCUCUUGUACAUACCAAGUGACUGCAUGGCGAUGUCUGCUUGUGGCCACAGGAUUCCAAGAAUGUUUCGUAUUUAGCAAAAUGUGGAGCCUCUCCAUCCUCCAACUGGCAAGUCGUGCCAUGUGUACCCAUAGACACAUUCAGAACAUAUGAUGCAGCGCGACAAAAGCUCAAGCAAGCUGAAGAUGGGUCAGACUUGGGGAGUGAAGUGGACCUGGGACGGGGCAAAAGAAAAAAGCAACGAAGAGCCCUUAGCUCAAGUCCGGAAAGUGUGCAGUGACUACCACUUCCACCGCCCUCUAUGAUGAAAAAAGCACAGAAGAGGGAUGGGAGACGUAUUCACAAGCAGUCAUCACAUGCAUCAACAUCUAGGGCUAAUGAUCCCAAUGUUUGCAGUGAUCAAGGCGCAGUGCAAUGUGCACAAAUGUGUGCUAGCGAGACUUCAGAAUCUGAGGGUGAGGCUGAGUCUGGAGGUGAACAAGAUGCAAUGCAAGAAUCAUCAGGCGUUAAAAGAUCGUUCACAGCUCACUCUUUGAUGAAAAGAGCAAGCCAAAUGGGAAAUACACAGUGCAACAAUGAGAAGUGGCAUUCAAGUCAGUCUGUUGCACCUAUUUCAGAUGAUGGCAUUAAGCAGGUCAUCAGGCUUCUACAAACGGUAAUCUUGAGAGUCGAGCACCUGGGAAGCCAACUAGACGUAAUAAAAGCAAAGCUUUGUGACCAACUGCAGCCUGAAGCAGAUUUGUUAGAAAAACCAUUUUGUGACAUCACGGAGUUCGAACUGUUUGAUCAAGGCCUCUCAGAAAGUGAUGCAAUGAAGUCAAAGUUGGUACGGGAACUCGCUGCCUUAGGAGGAAGAAAUGUUAGUUUGUCUACGCGUCGCAUUCUUGAAGCCCUGAUGACCCAGGAAGUGGCUGUUCAAUAUAGUUGGCUCGGACAAAAAGGAAAGAAGAAGUUCUUGUCGUUGACAACCUGCGACUUGAUAUAUAAAAGUGUUAAGUGCACAUUUGAAACUGUAAAAAGAAGUGAAGUUGAGGACGUUGUAAAAACGUGGCUCAGACACGCUGGGGAGAAGCUUAGAAAGAAUAACAAACAGUCUGAAAAAGUCACAGAGCUGCUGGAGUGACAACGCAGGCCUCACUGAAGUGCAGCAUGUUUCAACCACAGCACGGAGGACUUUUUUUCCACAUUUUGCUGUUUUAAUGAUAAUUUCGUCAUUAUAAUACCCAUUUUUACUUUUCCGUUCUUUAAUAUUUAAAGAUUGUAUUUUAAUUCCUCAUUUUCUAGUCAUUUUUAGUCAGUUACAGUUUAUUACUCAUUUUUGCAUUGCUGUAGCAGGAAGACAAUUUUUUCGCGCAUUAAGAGUGAUGCCUUAUGUAUUCAUGUUUUUUAUAAUAAAUUUUAUAUUUAAGCUCU